AGUACCGUUCGUUGUAAAGUGCUAUGACAACAGGGCGGAGACGGCUUGGAGUUAGGCUUGGGUGGGUAGGUGUCCCUUCCGCCGCUGCUGUCCUUUUUCUGCUACAUCCCACUCACUGCCUCCUUCAUCAUUUCCUCCUCUUUGUGAGCAGCAGGUCUUACCGCUGUUCUUUCCUGCCUGAUAUCUGCCACGGGAUUGAUGCCGUUUUUCCUGCUUGUCUCUGAGGGUGACAGAGAGGGGAUGCAGGGGAGCUACUUGGUGGGAUCGCUCCAGCUCUGUGGAGCUGGUGGUGCCAGCUGGUGAGGCGCUGUCUUUGCCUGGGACGUGAAACAAGUUGGAUCAGGAGAACGAGAGGGAGAAGUAAGGGUUGCUUUUACCUGCACCGUCCGUUCUUGCUCGUCGUUCCAGCCCUGGAAUCCUGGCAGACGUUCUUAAAGGGAAAUCGGUGGAAGGAGAGUUCGAAGAAAGGUGGGGCAGGACCCACCUGACUCGGCAUCAGAGUGAACGAAAAUGUCUUUAUUUAAAGCCCGUGAUUGGUGGUCUACUGUUCUGGGAGAAAAAGAAGAAUUUGAUCAAGGCUGUUUGUGUUUGGCUGAUGUUGACAAUACUGGAAAUGGACAAGAUAAAGUAAUUGUGGGUAGCUUUAUGGGAUACCUAAGGAUCUUUAAUCCUCAUCCUGUAAAAACAGGAGAUGGAGCUCAAGCUGAAGAUUUGCUUCUAGAAGUGCAUCUACGAUAUCCAAUACUGCAAGUGGAAGUAGGAAAGUUUGUUUCAGGUACUGAAAUGCUUCAUUUGGCUGUGUUGCAUUCUAGAAAACUGUGUGUCUACUCUGUCUCAGGAAGCUUGGGUAAUGUGGAACAUGGGACCCAAUAUCAGAUCAAAUUGAUGUAUGAACAUAAUCUUCAGAGAACAGCCUGCAAUAUGACUUAUGGAUCAUUUGGUGGUGUAAAAGGUCGCGAUUUAAUUUGUAUCCAGUCUAUGGAUGGAAUGCUGAUGGUGUUUGAGCAGGAAAGCUAUGCUUUUGGGAGAUUUCUCCCUGGUUCUCUUUUACCUGGACCUCUUGCUUACAGUUCCCGUACAGAUUCCUUCAUUACAGUUUCAUCCUGCCGACAAGUGGAAAGUUACAAAUACCAAGUACUUGCUUUUGCAACGGAUGCAGAUAAAAGACAAGAGACUGAACAGCAAAAACUUGGUUCUGGAAAAAGACUAGUUGUGGAUUGGACUCUAAAUAUUGGAGAGCAAGCCCUUGAUAUAUGUAUUGUCUCUUUCAAUCAGUCAGCAUCUUCUGUUUUUGUUCUUGGUGAGAGAAACUUUUUUUGCCUUAAGGAUAAUGGACAAAUUCGAUUUAUGAAGAAACUUGAUUGUAGCCCAAGUUGUUUUCUCCCAUAUUGCUCAGUUUCUGAAGGAACAAUAAAUACUUUGAUUGGAAACCAUAAUAACAUGUUGCAUGUUUAUCAGGAUGUGACAUUGAAGUGGGCCACUCAACUUCCCCACAUUCCUGUAGCAGUAAGAGUGGGCUGUUUACAUGAUUUGAAGGGAGUGAUAGUCACUCUGAGUGAUGAUGGUCACUUGCAAUGUUCAUACCUGGGGACAGACCCUUCUUUGUUCCAAGCUCCAAAAGUUGAAUCUAGAGAACUAAACUAUGAUGAACUUGAUAUAGAAUUGAAAGAACUUCAGAAAAUCAUCAAAGAUGUUAACAAAUCACAAGGUGUAUGGCCUAUGACUGAGAGAGAAGAUGACCUGAAAGUCUCUGCCAUGGUUUCUCCUAACUUUGAUUCAGUAUCUCAAUCUACUGAUGUUGAAGUGGGAGCUGACCUUGUCCCUUCAGUCACAGUGAAGGUCACACUGCAGAAUCGAGUGACCUUACAAAAGAUCAGAUUAUCGGUCUAUGUACAACCACCUUUAGUAUUGACUUGUGAUCAUUUCACCUUUGAAUUUAUGGCACCAGAGAUGACUAGAACAGUAGGCUUUUCUGUUUAUCUGAAAGGAAGUUAUUUACCACCUGAAUUGGAAGGAAAUGCUGUUGUUUCUUAUUCCAGACCUACAGAUCGAAAUCCUGAGGGCAUUCCUCGAGUUAGCCAAUGUAAGUUUAGACUUCCCCUGAAAUUAAUCUGCUUACCAGGCCAGCCUUCAAAAACUGCAAGCCACAAACUAACUAUUGAUACCAACAAAUCUCCAGUCAGUCUUCUCAGUCUCUUUCCAGGCUUUGCCAAUCAGUCAGAAGAUGAUCAGGUGAAUGUAAUGGGUUUUCGCUUCUUAGGAGGUUCCCGAGUUACUCUUCUUGCUUCCAAAACCUCUCGUAAGUAA